UUAUUAUGUGAGGGUGUUUAUGUUCCGCUUCUACUUCCGGUUGUGAGGAGGAGGCGGUGUUUGUCGUCAUUGACGUGUUCUGCCUCUAACACAGAUGCGCGAGCAGCAGAGUUGAGCUGACCAUCCAGUGCACACUAGCUAGGGUUCUGGAGGAAACUCGAGCUGAAAGAUGACGCAGUGAUCUGACGGCAGCCACAUCACAAAGAUCUGCAGCGAUGUGUAUGUCACGCUCUGUCACAUGCUCUUAUCCGCGCUGGAUCUGCCCUGCCGCUGCGAGCCCAUCAGAUGAUCAGGAGCAGAGAGCUGAAUAAUUAAUAUCCUGAGCAUAAUGGGCCGUGGUGAUGGCUACAGAUAGAGGCGUGGUGGAAGACUGGCUCUCAGAGUUCAAGGCGUUGUCUGAAGCGCAGCUGUCUGGAUACGCUGGGAUCCUCCGUCAGAGGAACGCUCUGGUGCCGGCGCUCUACAGCGUCAUUCAGGACCCUGACAGUGAGCUCCUGGAGCCCGUGUGCCAUCAGCUGUUUGAGCUGUACCGCAGUCCAGAGCUCUGUCUGCGCCGCUUCACGCUGCAGUUCCUGCCGGAGCUGGUGUGGGUUUACCUGCGCAGGGGCCGACACGCCAGCGGCUGCAUCGAGGCGCUCCUGCUGGGCAUCUACAACCUGGAAAUUGUGGAUAAAGAUGGAAACAGCAGGCUGUUAUCUUUCAUGAUCCCGUCCCUGUCCAAACCAUCCAUAUAUCACGAGCCGUCUAGUUUGGGGUCCAUGGGCUUGACUGAGGGAGCUCUCUGUCAGCAUGACCUGAUCCGAGUGAUCUACAGCGGUCUCCACCCGCAGAGAGAGACCUUCACUGCCCAGAACAGGUUUGAGGUGUUGUGUUUCCUGAUGUUGUGUUAUAAUUCAGUGGUGGUCUACAUGCCCCCCUCUUCAUACCAGGCCGUCUGCAGAAUGAGCUCACGGCUGUGUGUGUGCGGGUUUCCUCGGCAGCAGAUGAAGGCGUGGACGGCUCCCUGCAUACGUGUGGUGUUGGACCCAGAGUUCAUGGUACAAAUGCUUACUGCUGUCUAUCAUGCCAUAUAUAACGGGGAGUGGGAGGCCGGGAGAGAGGCUCUGGAUGACAUCCUGUACCGAGCUCAGCUGGAGCUGUAUUCUGAGCCGCUGCUGCUGGGCAAUGCCAUGAAGAGCUCUCUGCCUGCCAGCGCUCCGGACGGAUCCCAGGGGAAGAAGAUCCUGCAGCUGGAGGUGACUCCCACCAUCAGGCGGAUUUCCCACUGCGCCAUCACAGCCGCGUCCAUCCGCAGACUGCGCUGGAAGAGAGAGGAUCCAGAUCAGUUUAGCCGAGAGGAAGAGUCCGUCGCCCUGAACGAUCCAGAUGAGGGCUUCUCGUCCGGAGCGUCCAAUAGCAGCCAGCCUAGCGGUUUCCGUGGGAACACAGUGCCAGGUGUGGCCGGCCAAGGGAGCAGCUGUAAGAAGAGCCGCAUGUCCACAGAGAAACACUCGGACAGUCGGAGGAGAGCCCACGCGUGUCCGGCCGCGGUGAGCGGCAGCACCUCCUGCACGACUCUGGACCGCCGGCCGGCCGGGUGUGACGCGGGCUCGACUCGGGCCGCCGAACUGAGCUCUGGUGCUGACGCUCGCAGGUACUCCAAGCUCAGCCUGCAGGAGCAGCAUCUGCCAGAGACGGAGCUGCUGUCUCCCAAACAGUCCCGGUCGCCCAGCUUCAACAUGCAGAUCAUUUCACAGGUGUAGAUCUCCAGCUCCGCCGUCACUUCCUAAAACUAUCAUUUACCCUAAAAAUGGGAAUUGUUACUAUUUACUCAGCCUCUCUUCGUUCCACACCUGUGUUGUUUUCUUUUUUCCAUGAAACAUAAAAGGAAUGUGGCUGGCCGUUCAGGUCACAUGGCUCAACAUGAUUCAUGUGAAAACAUGACCUGGGAAAAGGGGAGAAGUGUGUAUGAAAAAUGGCUUACGUCUGGGGCUGUUUCUCACACAGAGGUACAAACACAUAGUCUCCGGUCACGUACAGUACUUCCCUGGUGCUCUUUGGAAGGGAAAGGGAGUCAUGCAGGAUUGGAGUGACACGAGUAAAUGAUCUUUUUCAUUGUUGGCUGAACUAAUGGUGCAUCACCUGUAGUCAAUCAGUAGAAAUAUGUUGUUUUUAUCGCUUCUGUUAGUCUCUGAGGCCGUGAUGCUCGGCCAUUAUCUGUGCAAUAUAUUUAAUGUGUUUGUGUUCAAAAGAGCAACAGACGCGUCCAUCUUAGUUUUCUGACCCGUGCACUGGAACAUGGUCAGCUCAGGUGUGGGUCAUUCCCAGCUCCCACAUCCCUCUCCCGAGGGAAACGGAACGCAGCGUAAUCCAGAUCCCAGCGCUCCAGACGGGAACGUGAAGUGUGGAUUCUGAGAUGACAAUCAGCAAUAACUUAUCCACGAUCAUCCCAAAGAUCUGAAUGUGUUGCUGUAGUGUCCCAUACUCUUAUUUGGGUUAUUUUCUUCAUAAGCAGUUGUUAUGUCACUGUUUUGAAAUACUUUCCAUAGAAUUCCAUUCCAAAAAAUGUUUGAUACAAACCUGUAUUUUAUUUUUCAUAUUCCUCACAAGCUUGAUUUAUUAAUUAGUUCAUGUAUUUAAGCAUCGAUGGCCUACAGAUUCUGAUCUUUCAUGUUUGUUCUCCAGAGAUUUGGACCUAAAUCAGGGAACAGUCAACAUAUUAUGAGAUUUAACUGUGUGUGAAUUAUGUAAAAUACUGUACUGUCUGAUCAUUCAGUCAGAAGGCAACAUCCUGUAUAUGUGGGCGGUUGGUGGUGUAUUUUAUCCAAACCCAUUUCUGAAAAGUUUCAGUGCGGUUCAUCAUCAUGGAUGCCCGUUCAUCUGCGGUCAGCAGCACAAUCGCAUCACUGUCUUCAUGGAGAUGGUCUGCAGGUCAGGCUGUUCUGGGACUGAGCUCCAGUGAAAUCAGACGUGAUCUUUGUUUCUGGCCACACAGGCCUGUCACAUGAUUAAAGAUCAGGGUGUCACAAAGAGAGAAGAACCUCUGGCAAAACACCAAUGUAACCAACAGAACCUGUCGUGUGCUGCUGUUGUGUGUUGUGAUGUGAAUUAUAUCUGCUGUAUCUGUCUGCCGACUCUCUCUCUGGUCAUGUGUGUGUGUGUGUGUGUGAGAGAGCGUCACAGCUCGAGCUCCACUGCAUUCAUGAUGGUUUUCUCUGUUUUUUUGCUUUGUUUCAGCUUACACACACACACACACAGCUGUAAUGUGUCUGUUAAUGUCAGCAUGGCAUAUAACUCAUGUCUCAUUUCGAUAUGUCUCCGGUGUGUAAUCAAACUCCCAACACUGAGUUCCCACUUCCCAUACCAAUGCUAAAAAAGAACAUGUGAGAUUAAACUGUGAAUAAAGUCAUGUGUCAGCGCUAA